AUGGAUUGGCAUAUGGUAGAGAGAGACUGCCUGGCUUCAGUGCAUGAGGAUGAGACUGCAUCUAAACAACCUGUGAAUAGUCAGCGAGCAGAGAAAGAACCAGAUGGGAGACACAUUAAAGGCUUUGGUGUAUUACUUCUAGGACUUUUAUAUGACCAGAACAUAGAAAUAUUUUGCUUUGUGCUCUUAUUCUGUUAUGUUGCCCUGUUGGCAGGAAACCUUCUGAUCCUUGUCUCCAUUCGAUGCAGCCCUCUUUUUCAUCAACCCAUGUACUACUUCUUCAGGCACUUAUCCUCUAUGGACAUCUGCUACACCUUGACGGUUACACCCAAGUUAAUUGCUGACCUGCUAGUCCAAAGAAAAACCAUCUCUUACAGUAAUUGCAUGUUACAGGUCCUUACAGUGCACUUCUUUGGAGGCACUGAGAUCUUCAUUCUUACCGCCAUAGCCUUUGAUCAUUAUGCUGCCAUCUGCAAACCUCUCCACUAUGUGAUUACCAUGAACAGGACAAGGUGCAAUCUCCUCUUAGCUACUUGGGCUGGUGGGGCCGUCCAUGCCUUUCCUCUAUUUUCCACUGCAAUUGGCUUGCCCUUCUGUGGUCCUAAUGAAAUCGAUCACUACUUCUGUGAUGUUUUUCCUUUGCUAAAGGUGGCCUGCAUUGAUACGUACAUCACUGGUGUCCUUGUGGUUGCCUUUUCAGGUAUGUUUGGCUUAGUAGUCUUUAUUGUUUUAUUUGUUUCUUAUGGGAUAAUAUUGUUCACUUUAAGAAAUCUCUCAGCUGAGGAAAGACGCAAAGCCCUCUCCACCUAUGGGUCUCAUAUCACUGUGGUCAUCUUAUUUUUUGGGCCUGUAAUCUUUAUCUACCUUAGACCACCUACUACUUUUCCUGAGGACAAAGUAUUUGCUCUAUUUUAUACCAUCAUUGCUCCUAUGUUCAAUCCCCUAAUCUAUACUCUGAGACAUUCAGAGAUGAAAAAAGCCAUGAGAAAGGUUUGGGGUAGAAGUCUAGAGCUUCAAAGGGGAAGAAGACAAUACACAAGAAGAUAG